AUGCAUUCCUCGUGGAUUGAUAUGAAACAUAGCCUUGAGGAUUUUGGUUUCCUGGCUUUGGACGUCUUCACCAACGGGAACAGGGAAGGCUUGAAACGAACCGUCCUCCUCCUCCUCACCUGCAGCUUCUCGAGCCUCCUCCUCGGCUCCCUGCUCCUCCUCUACCUCCUCUUCGUCCUGGACUACGAGCUGCUCGUGGCCGGAGGGAUCGCCGGCUGCUCAGGGGUCAUACUGACUGUUGCCCUCUUCCUGUCGAAGAGAGUGAGGUGCUUAGGGACUCUGUUUAUGAUAUCUAUCUUCAUGAAGAAGAGUCGAAACCUGCUUCUGACUGCUGGGACCAGUUUGGUGGUUCUGAAGAACAUCCGCAACACGGUGGAGAACCUCACGCGCCUCGUCAAGAGUAUGAUCUGCAAUCUGCAGGUGAAGAAGGCGGCCAUCAUGGCUCCUUUCAGUAACUAUGUGGCGAUGCUGAAGUGGAUUGGAAACAUGCUGAAAGGGGUCACAGACCUCGGAGUCUUAAACCUUGACUCCAAGCUCGAGGUUUCAUUUCGCCUGGAAUCAAAUAAUUUCAGCUGGAAACUCUCCGAAGCGGAGCAGAAAGUGAACGAGACGGUAAAAUACGUGCACGGCCUCGUGAACACGAUCUCCUCCGUGGUCGACAGGAUGUUCCCCGCCGUCAGCUUCCUGGUGCUCAUGAUGUUCAUCGGCCUGCACAUAAAAAGAUACUGCAAGGACAUGAAGUACCAAAACAGGUUCAUCAGCAGCAAGUUCGUCCAGUUUGAUGAGAAGCAAAAGGCUGAAGGGAAGCCCCAUGUCCUGCCCCUCACACCCAAGGAGGAGAAGCUGUACACCUCCAUCACCUCCGCCCGGCCCACCACCAGGGAGGGUAAAGCCAUGCUCAAGUUUGGGAUGCCAGUUCUGUCCCACUUUGUCACAUGGGUCAUCUUCAUAACCGUGGAUGCUCUGCUGUACUGUUUUGUUGACAUUGUGACGACAAGGCUUUCAGAGCUGAAGCCUUUCCAUGUCCCGCUGGUCAUGAGCAUCAAAGGAAUUGCAACGUUGAUUGGGAUCCCCUUUGUUGAGGAAAUUCAUCAGGAAAAUUUUUCCUACUCGGUGACCCUGUUUGAAAAGAAGUGUCUCCCCAAGCCCAAACUGAUGCUCUACAGCUCCAUAUUUCCACUGGCAGCCAUUCUUCUCAUCCUACUCUUCAUGGUUUUGAUGGCUUCUAAAGUCUCCCAGCUCAGGCUGAUAGUCUGUGAAGGAUUCUUUGCUUCAGCUGCUGAGGAGAGAGUCCAGUAUCUGCAUGGCAAAAUCCUGAGGGGCAGAUUCAAAAUGAGGAGAGAGAAGAGCGGUGGCAGCCUCCUCACACUCAUUUCUAAGCUGCAUUUCUGGUGCCCAUUGCUCUUCCACGACAAAGAGGAUCCACAAAGUGCAGUGUGA